AUGUGGCGAGCACAAGAAAAUAUUGAAGAUAUUUUUGCAGAAUUUCAUGAUGAUUUUAAUGUUGAUGAAGAGACAAGUAUUCAAUUCAAUAAGAGACAUAGGCAAUUCGUAAAAGAAUAUGACGAUGAUUUAUUUGAUUUGGAAGAAUGUCUACAGUUAGAUCAGAAUUUAGUUGGUGUAACCGAUAACGAACAAGAAAAACAACAAUAUUUAUCUAUAAAAUUAAGUGACUUAGCGGCGUCACAGAAAGAAUAUGAAAGCUCUGCUCAAUGGAACGCGACAAAUCGAGCCAAAACAGAAAAUAUCACCUCCACUCAAAUGAUACCCAAAUAUUUAUCAUAUGAAAGUAAAGAAUUCGAUCAGAUGAUCCUCGAUCUUCGUCGACACACUGGCACUUCUAUUUAUACCGAAGAAUUACGAGCGAUUGCAUUUCUCAUUGAUCAACUUCAACGUAUUGAAUUACAAAAACGUCUUUAUACAACAUAUUUACGUUCUGGUCAGGGUACAUUAGUAGAAAAUAAAGAACCAUCGCUACUAUUGUGGCCUUCGGACCUAAAAUUAAGAAUGAUUGCAGAAAAUGAAACGAAAGCCACACAUCCCAACGAAAUCUAUCACGAUGAAUGUAUAAAAUAUACGGAGAAGAUUUUAGACAAAUAUAGAAUCCAAACGGACGACCACCAAAAUCAAUUGGAAGAGAAAAAGAAACACUUACGCAACCGUUGGACAAGUAGAAUUGAAGAAGUUAUUAUGAAAUUUGUUCAGGAAUAUGCGAUUGCUCUAUAUCGAAUACCUAUUGAAAGAGAAAUUAUCCGCAUUGAAUAUGAUAUGUUUGAUCGAUUAUGUGAACUUGAAUUUUGUAGUCAAAAUCCAAAUCUAUACCAAAAACAAUUAUUCGAAUCUCUUACAGAAAAGAAAUUUGUUAUGGAGAAAUCAAAACUAGAACUUGCUCUAUUAAAACAACGUGUCACUCUUCAUCAUCUACCGAAAUCGUUUGAUAAACUCGAAAUAUCGAAACCUACGUCAAUAGAUACAAUCAUGGAUACCCAGACAGUUUCAUUACUAAAAAGUCGAUGUGAUAAAAUUUUACAGCGAACCAAAACUGAUUUAAUACAAGUUUAUAUUGACGCUGCUCAAAUUCGAGCAGAUCAAUCUCGAUUCCAGUUUAAUGAUGCAAUGAAUAAAUUAAAAGAAAAUGUAUCAACACAUCCAUCAUAUAAAAUAUUAACUAAAGAUAUUAUUGAAAAAAAAGCUGAAAUGACUCACUCAGGCGAUUAUUUCGAAGCAGAUGUCGAUCGAUUUGAUGAUAUCUUUCAUAAAUAUGGUGACGACAUAGAUGAAGAUGAAGACAAAAAUAUUGAUUUUGAUAAUCUUCAACAAAGAAUUAUUGAAGAAGAAGUAGAUGAACAUAACGACAAUGAUGGCAUCGAGCACAUAAUUCCAGUUGGAGAGGUACUUGAUAAUGCCUCAACUGUAAUUGUAGUAGAUCUUACAGCAGAAGAGGAUGCUUUGUCUCAAAAACUUAGUCAACUUUCAGCUUCCAAUGAAGCAAAGAUAACGACACAUCAGGAACAAUCGAAUGAAUCAAAAAGUAGAAAGCGUCCUGUGUUAACACCAACAACUACUUCACAAGCGGUACAAACAAUUAAAAAGCUAAAAACAAGUGAUGAUAAAGAGCAAUCCAAUUGUACUUUACCCCGAUAUCUUUCAUCGGCGAAUGAAGAUUUUGAAAAAAACAUGGCUAAUGUUCUUCGAAACAUACCUCAUUCUUCUAUUACUAUGGAAGAUUUACGGCAUAUUGCACAUCUUAUACAUAACAUUGAAGUUGCUGAACAUGAUAAAUCUCUAUGGACAGCAUUUUUAUUAUCGGGUACAGGUAAAAUGACAAAGCAAGAGUCAUCUAAAUCUUCGAAACAAAUUACUACAGCGACAACAUCGAGUGAGUUUAAUCUCACUUCAAAAGUUUUUUUCUGGCCUGAACAAGUUAAAUCGAAAAUGAAAUCUGAUGAUCAUAAUGCUUGCCUCAAAUAUGUUGAAGAAGUUUUAAAAAAAUAUGACCAGCAAAUCGUCAAUUAUCAAGCUCAAUUAAAACAAAUAAAAGAACGUUUUAUAAAUAUAUUCACAAGCGAAAUGGAAGAAGUUGUUAUAAAAUUUGUAUUACGUUAUGGUGUUUCUUUACAUAAAAUAAUUAUUGAAAACGAAAUAGCUACUGUCGAACAUAAUUAUAAGGAUCAUUUAAUUCAAUUAGAAUUUUAUAAUGAACAACCUAAUAAUUAUCAGAAAGAAGUAUUCGAAAAUCUUAGAACAGCAAGACAUGAUAAAGAAAUGGCGAAACUUGAAGUGGCAAUAUUAAAACAAUCUGUUAUUCAUAAUCAUUUACCAAAAUCAUUUCAAUCACUUGAUAUACCUACAUCCAUAUCAUUGAAUACUAUUAAUGAUCCGAGAAUUCGACAACGUUUAUAUGAAAAAUGUCAAAAAAUUUUACAAAAAACAAAAUCUGAUAUGAUGUUAGUAUAUAUUGCUGCAGCUGAAACGAAAAUGAAUGAAACUCAAGAAAAAUUCAAUAAACUUCUGGUUGAUAUGCAAGAUAGACAACAUUCAGGUCCAGAUAAUAAGCGAUUAACUAAAAAUAUGAUAUCUAUUAUGGAAAAACGCUUUAAAAAUAUCAAUGAACAUAUUAUUCAUCUUUAUAAAGUGAAACUACAUUAUUUCGACGUAGCUCCGAUGGUCAAGAAUUAG